AUGGACAGCAUUUACGCGCUGCACGGCCGCGACCCCCAAUAUCCAACGCCAAAGCUCUUCUGGGACUACCGAUACAAGUGGUCCAAGACCAUGCACCAGAUCCGGACCCUCCACACCCUCUCCGAACUGACCGUCACGUUCCAAACGUGCUGCCGCUCCGCCUCGCCCGCGCGGCGCCCGUUCGCGCCCGGCCGCGACGCGCCAGCCGACCAGCGCCAGUGCCGCGAUCUCGAGGACUACCUCGCUCACGCGCUCAGCCUCUGCCACAACGUCCAGAAGCUCUCCCUGGCGGGCAACGUGCCGCCGGGCCUGGGCAUCCGCCUCACGAGGCCUGGGCCCGGCGGCGGGAUGACCGUCAAGUUGGUCAGCAGCGCGAUGGCAGCGUAUCUCGAGGCCGUGGGGGACACCAUCAAGGAGCGACACGCUCGGCGCGUGCUCGGGUUAAUCGAUGAUGACGAGGGGCUGCAGGACGAGCCGCCGUACCCGGGCAAUCUGGAACGGCCCGAGGACGCGCCGGUGCCGCACUUUGUGCUGGUCAGAGAGGACACUGCCCGCGCCAGAUGGGCCGAGCAUGUGGCGCAGGGGCGGUGGGCGCGGCCGCCGCCGGGGAUGGAACUUGUGGCUGGGCCGUCGUCAAUCAGGCGUUGGUGGAAAGUUGCGGAGUACAUAGAUAGGGUCGAACGCCGGGGCCGAUAG